AUGUCCGAUGAAAGCCUUCAAUCUAUUUUCAAAACCACGGAUCUAUCCAAGUUCUGGAUAAUGACGGAAAAGGAAUAUCCACUGUUAUUCAAAACAUCUCUGCUGAAAUUGCUGCCAUUCGCAUCUACAUACCUUUGCGAGACAGCUUUCUCCACAUUAACUGCUAUAAAAACAAAAUAUCGCUCCAGACUUAACGUAGAACCUGAUUUCAGGGUGUCUGUUUCUGAUAAUAUAUCACCAAGAAUUAAUAUACAGACUGCAAGUGUGCAAGCACAAGGUUCACAUUAG